CAUUUUCCCGGCCGAUUGUCUUUUCUCGUUUGCUAUUGGUUCCACCAUAGCCUGCGGUCUCUUUGCUUUCAACGGAGGCAGCGGCACAGCCGCUCAUAUAUUUCUAUCUGGCGAUGGACUCGGAGGUGGUGUCAACAACAUUAUGAGGACCACGAGCUAUUACUGGAUUUCGAGUGCACUGUAGACAUUGUAGCAUGUUAUCGUGUAUCUCAAGGUUGAAGCGUUCGGUCCAGAUCACAUGAUCACCACAGUAACCUUCUUCUCAGGACUUCUGGCUCCUUCUUGGAGAGCCUUCUGCGUAGAAAACAGAUAAUGAUAAACGAAAGGGCGGAUCGCGGAAAAUAAAGCAGCAAUGCCUUGCGAGCACUUGAAAGUGAAGUCAUCGAGGAUUCACGUGACGUGGUCCAAGCGUUCUUAGUGUGGGCCGAUCUAAGGCGCCACAUUCCCCGUCACUCUUCUUCAUUCAGGUCAACAAUGUCCGACCCGCCUUCUCCUCCACCUGGAUCUACGCGAGACGAAGCGGAAAUCCCUCUGAAUGCUAUCGAUCUCUUUCCCCGCAAAAUUGGACCGAGAAUUUUCUAUUUGCCGGACAGAGGUGCAAUCUAAAAAGUUGGGAGAGGUGUGAAAAUGACUGAAGCUGGGGCCAUGCAAUUCAUGUCUAGCCAUACUUCGAUUCCCGUACCUGAAGUUUAUGAAGCGUACGAAAAGAAUGGACUGGGGUACAUCUACAUGUGCAAAGUUGAAGGAUCACAGUUGGGGGAGACGUGGUCGUCAUUGUCGGACGAUAGCAAAGCAUACGUUGCAGAUCAGCUUCAAGGAUACGUGAGAGCGCUUCGCGAUUUGCGCGGGGACUUCUAUGGCGCGCUUUGGAAUCAACCUAGUCAAGAUAUCUUCUUCUCACACUUAUGUAUAAAAACACACGACAACAAGCAGUACGGUCCCUUCAAGUCAAGAACCGAAAAUAAUCAAGGGCUAGUCAAGGCUCUGGUCAAUUCCCGUCCAGGAGGCCAGCUUGGGGAAUCAGAGAACAGCAUCAUCGCCAAAAUCUCAGCUUUGACUGAAGACGCCAAGGUUUUCUCUCAUGGCGACCUCCACCUCGGCAACAUCCUAGUCGAUGGUAACUGCAAGAUUAUGGCCAUCGUUGAUUGGGGCUCAGCCGGCUUCAGAAUACCGGGCCGAGAAUAUUUAGAGGCCAAUCUACGUGCUCGAAAACCCGAAUGGAUCGAAUUACUCAAUGAUGUAUUCCCUGAAGAUGCAAAGACGGAGUACCAUAUCUUGAAAGAGCUCGAUCCCACACUUGUAUCAUACAGUGGCUUUUAA